GUUACUUCAGAGUCCGGCUAGUUUGUUCAGUGAUUUUUUCUAGAAGCAUGGCUACUGUCUGCUCGAAAGAUCUCGUUACGCCAUUUUUGAUGAAAAUGCUUGGACAAAUGCAAGUUCUGAGUAGUAACCUGAAAUGUGAGAGGCAGCCAGAUGGCAAAUUUCUCUAUGAGUACUCAGUACAAGUGCAUCCCUACGAAGAGGACGAAGAUCUUGCGGCAAUCCUUCGCUCUGAGUCUCAAUCGUCUGCGGGAUUUUCGACUAAUUCUGGUUUUGCCUCCACGGCUGAUUACCCAUCCUACUCUGGCGAUUUCGGAAGGGCUUCAAUCAGCAGAAGCUUCCAUUCUGAAGCUGAAUGCGUCUGCAUGUACGAAGUGCGAUUCAUUUUGUACCAUCGCAAUAUGAACGGAAGAGCUCAGUUACGGCUCAAAGAUGAGUUUCCGUGCAGCGCUACCGUUAGGGAGGUCAUCGACUACUUUCGAAUCGAGACGGACGGUGUUCACAGGGGUGUGUUUGCACCUCGCCUUGCCUAUGCUCUGGGAAGUGCGCGAAGCGGUUCCUAUCCACUAUUGGAUUGCGACCUGGACAAAACUCUUUUGGAGCUUUGUGGCAAUGAUACGGACACUAACACAAUCACAAUCAUUGCAGAUGUUACACGUUGACCUUGUCACGUUAUGAAAAUGUUCUUCAAUCAAUUCUCUGUAUUUGCAUCCAUUCCUUAAU